AUGCAUUUCACGGACGCGGAAGCUGAGAAUGUGAAGACUUGGGUGGUUAAGAGGUUGGAAGACAUUUCAGACGCAGAUUCCGAUGUCCUGGCAGACUACGUGCUAGCCCUCAUUAGCACUGAUGCGCCCGAUGACGAAAUCAAACAGACCUCCGUUGAGAACCUAGAAGAUUUCUUGAGAGAGAACACCCAACCAUUUGUGGACGAGCUCUUUACCAAAUUCGGCCCUAAGCCAGCUGCUCCAGUGGCAGCUCCUCAACCACAGCCCAUUCCCACCCCUCAGACGCAGCCAGGUUACGAUGUCUCCGCCGGUCCCAGAACUGAUUUCUACAACCGAAAACGUACGUACAACGAGGGCUUCCAGGGCGAGGAAGAUGCAGGGAACGGAGUACCGCAGAACCGUGCCUUCAAGACUCCGCGCCGCGGGCGAGGUAAUGGCCGUGGCGAUUGGCAGGGACAUGGUGUGCAGCAAUAUCCCCAGGGACAGCCUGGCAACUUCCCCAAUCCUAUGAUGCAAGGAUUCCCACCGUUCGACCCGAAUGACCCGAUGGCAGCGGCUAUGAUGAUGCAGGGUAUGCAGGGCAUGGGCUUCCCGCAGAUGCCCGGUAUGCCUAUGCCUGGAAUGCCUGGAAUGCCCGGUGCUCCUGGUCAGCCUGGUGCUGGCCCGAUGGGCUCGAUUAACCAGCGCUGCCCAUUCUACGAUACCCAGGGUAUUUGCUACCUGGGCGCUACAUGCCCCUACCAGCACGGCGAAGCUGGAUCCCAGAAUGAAUAUGACCCGAAGGCCGCAUCGUCUGGUGCGCACCGUGGAGAUUAUGGUUCUUCCCGUGGGGAACGUGGCCGUGGCCGUGGGCGCGGUGGGCCAAACGCACGAGGACGUGGCGGCAGGUCCGACUUCUCGUCAGCAGGGCCGAACGAGGACCAGUCCAUCACAACGAUUGUGGUUGAACAGAUUCCCGAGGACAAGUUGUCUGAGGAGGCAGUGCGUGAGUUCUUCUCGCAGUUCGGCAACAUUGUCGAGGUGACCCUGCAAUCCUACAAGAAGCUGGCACUAGUAAAGUUCGAAACCUUUGCGGAGGCCAAGCAGGCCUGGUCAAGCCCCAAGGUGAUUUUCGACAAUCGCUUCGUCAAGGUCUACUGGCACAAGCCGAGACGCGAUGAGAAGAACGGUGACUCUCAACAUGAAGCUCCUGCUUUCGACCAGGAAGAGUUUGAAAAACAGCAGGCCGAAGCGCAAAGGGCACACGAAGAAAGGACUAGGAAGCGCCGCGAGGCUGAAGAGGCUAAACAGGCUCUUGAACGCCAGCGCGACGAGCUUUUGAAGAAACAUCAAGAAGAGAAGGCGCGCCUGCUGCAGCGUAUCGGUGGUGGCGGGGCCUCGGACGAGAUGGUCAUCACCGCCGAUGACGGUCAUGAAAACUCUGGCGAGAUGGCUGCUGCUUCCGAUGAGAACGUGAGCGAGGAGACUAAGAAAUUGCGAGCCCAGCUAGCUGCUCUCGAGGCAGAGGCGAAGACUCUCGGCAUUGAUCCUUCCAACGCCGAUUCCACUCGUGGCGGUUACCGUGGUCGUGGUGGCUACCGCGGCCGUGGCACGUACCGUGGACGUGGAGGGUAUGACCCUUCAUACAGGGGUGGAUCUCGCGGUCGAGGUGGUUUUAACCCCCGUGGUCGUGGCGGAGGCGUGCUUCGUCUGGAUAAUCGGCCAAGGAGGGUCGCUGUCUCGGGCAUCGAGAUCGGUUCUGAUAACGACGAGGCUCUGCGGCAACAUCUGAUUGGCAUUGGCGAGUAUGAAUCCGUCGAGCCCAAUCCCGACCAGGCUGGCUCGGUGAUUGUUGCUUUCAAGGAGCGCUAUCAAGCAGAAAAGUUCAUGUUCAGCCGCUGGAACGCACCCUCUGCUGGCGAAGUCCAGAAGUCCUGGGUGCCCAACCCACCUAUCACAAUCACGCCGACUGCGACGCCGACGGAGAAGAAUGGUCUCGGCGAUGAUGAUCAGGACAUGUCCAUGGACACUACCCCGGUACCUCAAGCGGCACCAGGGAACAUGCCCCAACGGGAGAUGGACUAUGAUGUUGCCGAGGAUGACAGCUGGGGCGUUUAG